AUGCCAUCCGACCAAAGCACUUGGUUGAUCGCAGUACCGCAGGACGGCGAUUCCGAGGGUCUCCUACCAGAAAUCACAAACAAGCUCCCUCAGCCUACGAGAGUAGCAGAACUUGGCAUUCCCUCAUUCAAGACAGGGACAUUAGACUCCCUGAUCGCCUUGUCAGAGGAGCUGCCAAAACAAGACGCGUUCUUUACGGCCACAGUCGCAAAGAUUGUGGAUACACUCCGCAACUUGCUGAACAACGACCCGGCCAAGCUUGCCCAACAUGUCCUUGUAAAUGAGCGCACCGUCGACUACUACGUACUUGGGGGUUGGAAAUGGAACGACAGUCGAUACGGGGUACAACGAAGUCUGCGGGAGAUGGUUGAUGUCCUGAACAAGGAAAUGGCGUCCAUAGACAAUGUGAUGAAGGCCAAACUAAACAACUACAAUCUCGUGAAGGGCUCUCUAGUUCAGAUGCAGCGCAAGAAAACCGGGAACCUCUCUAUACGAUCCCUCGUCGGCCUAGUAUCCAAAGAGGACAUCAUCCAGGACUCCGAAUACCUGGAAACAUGCCUAGUUGCCGUACCAAAACUCCUCGUAAAGGAAUGGAACUUGAAGUACGAGCGACUGACUAACAUGGUCGUUCCCCGUUCGUCAUCACUCAUAGAAUCAGACAGCGAAUACACCCUCUUCGGCGUAGUCAUCUUCAAACGCGUACACGACCAGUUCGUCCAGAAAUGUCGUGAAAACAAGUUCAUCGUCCGCGAAUUUAUUUACUCAGAAGAACAAAUAGCCAAAGAAGGAGAAGACCUAGAGGUAGCGGACACAACGGAGAAAGAGCUCUGGACCGAACUUUUAAGAUUAUCUCGGACGUAUUUCUCUGAGUCUUUCCAGAUCUUCUUGCAUCUAAAGAUCCUUCGGUUAUUUGUGGAGAGCGUGCUUCGGUACGGUCUACCCGCGAAUUACGUUGGCUUCGCUAUCAGACCCGAACCAAAGUACACCAAGAAGACCCUUUCAGUACUCACGAACCACCUCAGCUACCUCAGUCCCCGCUCCUCGGGCCGUGCCCAGAAACACGGCACAGCCGACGAGUUCGCAGGAGAGUACCAGUCCUUGAUGGAACAGGAAUUCUUUGAUUUCGUCUUGUACGAGGUACCAUGGAUCGUGCUCUAA